AGAAGGUGCACCCUCUUUCAGUGGAAAGAAUUUAUGUAUCAGGCCAGGAUAAAAAUAAUCUCCUUAGCAGGUCUUAAAAUAAGGUCAAUACAACCUCAGAUGAACUACAAAACAUGACAUGUUGCACUGUGUCGUUAUUUAUUUAACAAAAACUAAGCCGAAAUGCAGGAGUGUGAAAACUAAUUACACGCCAUGAUUCAGCAGCUUUUAGAACAACUUUAAAAAGUAUUAUCCUGAAGUAACUAUUUUCUAUGCGACUUCAUCAUUGUUGUGGAGGAUCUUUGUCUUUAUAAAGGUUUGCCUGCAUGUGCCUAUGUACAAAUCUCUUAAGAUCCCAUUGCAACACCUUGAUCCUUUUUCAGCCACUCUGCUGUAGGUUUGCUGCUGUCGCAUGACCCAGUUUCAGCCAAGUCUUACCUGUUAGACCGCCGACUUCACAUUUGACUCUAAAUACUUUAGCGUAUUGAAGAGAUCAUGGUUGACUCAGAGAAUACUACGUUCCUGUGGCUGCGAAACUAUUCCAAGUUAUCACCAGCCAACAGGUGAUAACAACAGUUUGGCAGUUGGUGUAGGGUUUUUGACUUUUGUCAAACUGUGCAGGGCCAACAAUUCCAUGUUGGUCUUAUCUAUCUAAAGGACAUUGUUCCAGAAAUCUUGUGUUUUGUUCAGCUGUAAUGUUGCAAACCUAGGUCAUGGGAACCCUUAUAAACAAACUUUAUUUGUUCUGUCUUUUAAAAAAAAAAAAUUGUACUGUCAUGAACUUUUAUAUUUGACAUCAUAACUGAGUACUGCAGAGUCUGAGGUGUCUUUUGCAGUUUCUCUUGGCGUUAUAUCGUUUGACUGUUGGGUGAAUUUGCGUGAGAUUAUUUGGAAAUGAUCUUCAGCAACAGUUACUUCUUUAACAUUAUUGUUGAUUAAUUUCUUUAUAUUUGUUAGUCUGCCAAAUCAAUCAAUGUACUUGCCAAAACCUUUGCUUUAAUAGAGGUGCUCACACUUUCUAAUGAUAAGUUAAACAAGUGCAUUUGAUUAUGAACACCUUGUUGAAACUUUCCCUCUUAAUUCCUAUGGAAGCAGUAAGGGUGUAUUUAUUUACUUAUUCACAAACUGCUUCUGCAUUUUGGUUUAGUUUUUGUGAAAAAAAUAAUGACAUGAUGUAAUAUUGCAUGUUUUGAAAUUCAUCUGCGGUUGUAUUGACCCAGUUUAAAGAACUGCUAAGGAGCAGUUUUUCAUUAUUGUUAUUAUUAUAUUCUAUUAUGUAAAACCUCAGGAUAUACUUUUCUUUUUUUGCCAUGACUACAUACCAAAAAGCUCUACAUAGCUGUUAUCAAUUACCUAGCCUAUUAUACCUGUGAUCAGAUCUAUAUUAGGUGACCCUUGGUAGGGUUUACAGGUCAGCAUACUCAGUGUAGUAAUACAGUAAAAUCAGGUACAAGCUCCUAUACGGUCAAAGCCAUGUAUGCCUGUAUGUAUAUAGUAAUUACUCAGUAUUAUUGUUGUGGUUGAGUUGCUCUGCAGCUCGUAUUCAGCGGAUAAGUCAAAACAGCUUUAUUUUUAUUUUUAUUUUUUUUACCAUUUAAUUACGAUAAUGUUCUAAUUGAUGGCUUCUUAACCAAUAAAAAGAGCGUAUUAAUUCUGGGGAUCUUUGAAAGCAUUUUAAGAUAUAGAACAAAAUGUUAAUUUUUCCCCUUUUUUUCAAUAUAUUUACAUUUAACUGACCUUUCCAACUUUACAUCUUUCGAAAUGUAAAUAAUUUCUCGGUUUGAAAGCUAAAUGUUUCACUCUUGUGGCUCUUUCUUAUUGGCGUACAAAUCUGGAAUGCCACGAAACGCACCGUCGAGAUUGACAUCUCUACGACCAAUCAUUAGUAGAACCCGCUGACACGACACCAAUCGCCUAUCAGGAUGUGGGAGGAGCUGGUUUGUUGACAGGAAAUGCGAGGCGGACUCACUUCCACAACCCCUUCUCUCCUGUAGUUCAGCCGGACAAACAGCGGGGCUGACAGUUGGUCAUCCCUCUGAAGUAUGUGGACUUAAACUAUGCGUUUCAAGACCGACGCGGGGCAAAGAUGCAAUGGAGGUCAAUACUUGUUGGUCUUGUCGUAUUGAGACUGUCUCUCAGCUGCAUGCUGUGGCUAGCUUUCGGACUGGGACCUAGCUGGGGGUUCAACUUCCAUCUCGGUUUCAAUUUGCACAAACUGGACUUGCUGUUCAGGGAGGAAAAGGAGACCGAGCCGCGAGAUAACUCGUGGUCUGAACGAAUACACGGCCCCAGAUAUGAAGAGACGGAGACCACCUGUGCGUCGGCGGGAGAGGAGUCCCCAAAGAGGUCCUACCUGAGCUUCUUCGAUGGCAACAAGGACGAGUACGUGCGGAGAUACAGCUCUUUUCCGGACACACUAAAGGCCAAAAUGAAAGACAUGGCCAAAGAAAUGUUCUACUUCGGAUAUGACAAUUAUAUGAAAUAUGCCUUUCCCGAGGACGAGCUGAAUCCAAUUGACUGUGAAGGGAGGGGUCCAGACGUGCAAAACCCAUCAAAUAUCAACAUAAAUGAUGUCUUGGGGAACUAUUCCCUUACUCUCAUUGACACCUUGGACACUCUGUUGGUGCUCGGCAACGUGUCAGAGUUUCAAAGAGCCGUCAAACUGGUUAUAGAUACUGUAUCUUUUGACAAGGACUCAACUGUGCAAGUUUUUGAGGCAAACAUCAGGAUCUUGGGAAGCCUUAUUUCAGCACACAUUCUGCUGACUGACCCAAAACAUCCUUUUGGCAAUGUGGGCUUUGAAGGUUACGAUAAUGAGCUGCUACAUUUGGCUCAUGACUUGGCUGUGCGUUUGCUGCCAGCCUUUGAGAACACCAGCACAGGCAUUCCCUACCCCAGGGUGAACCUGAAGAACGGAGUUCCUCCUGACAGUGUGAAUGAGACCUGCACUGCAGGAGCCGGGUCCUUGCUGGUGGAGUUUGGAAUUUUGAGCCGCUUAAUUGGGGAUUCGACAUUUGAGUGGGUAGCUAGACGAGCUGUCAGAGCCCUGUGGAACCUGAGGAGCAACGAAACCGGUCUUUUGGGCAAUGUAGUUAAUAUUCAAACAGGCCAGUGGGUUGGCAAGCAGAGUGGUCUUGGAGCUGGUAUGGACUCCUUCUAUGAGUACUUGCUUAAGUCGUACAUCCUCUUUGGAGAAAAAGAGGACUACCGUAUGUUUACAGCUGCUUAUGAAAGCAUCCAGAAUCACAUGAGACGAGGGAGAGAGUCGUGCAAUGAAGGAGAAGGUGACCCACCUCUCUAUGUUAAUGUGAACAUGUUCAGUGGUGAGAUAAUGAACACCUGGAUUGACUCACUUCAGGCUUUCUUUCCUGGCCUUCAGGUGCUGAAUGGCGAUGUAGAUGAUGCCAUUUGCCUGCAUGCCUUCUACUAUGCCAUCUGGAAGCGCUUCGGAGCUCUGCCAGAAAGAUACAACUGGCAGCUGCAGGCUCCCGAUGUGCUUUUCUACCCUUUAAGACCAGAACUAGUAGAGUCUACUUACCUGCUGUACCAGGCAACCAAAAAUCCUUUCUAUCUGCAUGUUGGAAUGGAUAUUCUACAGAGCCUUGAGAAAAAUGCCAAAGUCAGAUGUGGGUAUGCCACUCUCCAUCAUGUCGUGGAUAAAUCCAAAGAGGAUCGCAUGGAGAGCUUUUUCCUCAGCGAGACAUGCAAAUAUCUUUAUCUGCUGUUUGAUGAAGACAACCCACUUCACAAAUCCGAUAAUAAGUACAUCUUCACAACCGAGGGUCAUGUUGUGCCUAUAGACAAACGCUUCAGGGAGAAACAAUGGAAUGAUGACUUUCCAUGUGAGGAGGGAGCACUGACAGAAAGAGAGCCAGUCAACCAGCCUGCUCCAAGAAACAUCAGCAAUUGUAACAGGAUCCCAGAGGAGCGACGGUACACUCUCCCAUUAAAGAGCAUCUACAUGAGGCAAAUAGAUCACAUGGUGGGAGUUUUUUGAGUGAUGGGAUGGAUGUAAUGACAUUGGCAGGGGCAGGCCUUUAUUGCACAGAUGAACUGACCACUUGUUGGUUAAAAUCCUCUUCCUGUCUGUUGUGCUGCUCGGGAAACUCACACUAAAGUAAUCCUGAGAAAGCAAUUUGAUUAAAUUAAGUUUGAGCUUUUUGUUUCUGUUUUGCUGGAUGAAAAUGUUGCCAGACUUUUUCUGUGAGAAGAUGAGGAUUCAUCCUUCGUUGCAUUUUGGCAGGCAAAUCAUUGAGAAAGUGGUGAAUAACUGUUGUGUUCUUAUGGAACAAAAAAAAUGUCUGUUCAGGUAUGAAUGUGUGUGAUUAUGUUUGUGUAUGCACAUUUGAAUUUUCAGCUGAGCUGGGAAUCAUAAUGCUGUGUUAAUGGGAACAGUGCCAUCUAGCCACAUGAAAAUGCAUAGCCUAUAAAAACACUCAACGUAACAAAAGUCUCUCUAAACAUGAGGAUAUGGUGCCUCCUUGCAGGUGAUUCGCACUAGAUCAGUGCUUCUACAUAAGGGCUGUAUAUUAACAGAUGAUAGUAACAGGUACGAACUGUCAAAUCCAGAGGCUGCGUUAGAUCGUGGUCAUAGGAAUGUCGUUCUUUUUGUACACCUGAGGCUGGUUUGCAAAAGAGUCUAAACUAUUGCCACUAUGAAUAUUUUUUUUUCUUAAACCGCACUAGCCAUAUUGCAAGGAUUUUAAACUGUCUUCUGUCUUAGUUGUGUUUUGCACAUCACAUCAAACCUCAGUAUCCAGGGAGUUACAGACAACAUAAAGGUAAACUGCCUCCUGCUUGUUAGCUGUUAAUUAAUUUCUGAUUAGUAUUGAGCUAAACAUUGAUCUCUCAGGCUUCUAGCUACUCAAUGUCUUACAAAGAACAGAGCAGUGCCACAACUGUAUGAGCGGGAGAUUAAUGACGACUCUUUAAAGUGCCUUCAAUUUGUCUUCGUUUCUCUGGAUGCUGUGCAAUGUAUAUGUUAAUGUUGUGAAUAACUUGGCUGAAAAAAGGCCACUGUAAUGUUUUGCAAAAAGAGUCAUUCCAUAUGUAUGUACAGUUUUACACUGAUUAUGACAUGAAGCUCUUUUUUUAGAUGUAAAAAAAAAAGCCAUAAAAUGUAUUGGUUUUUUUCCCAGUGAUAGUUAAUUUUCAAGAAGUGCAAAUUGAUUUUUCAUCAGUUUUCUCUCAGACACGGUCAGUAUACAGACUUUCCUGCAAUUUAAUUUCUGUUAUCAGGAUGAUUACCACGUGGUGAGAACUCAGGGUUUAAAAUAAACACAUAAUCAAUGAAUGCUUUCAUAAGAAAUAAAACUUUUUGAAACGUUGCCUACAAUAUCUCGAGAUGGUGCUGGUUUUCUUGCAAAUGAGUGGCUACACUGAAGUACAGUUGUACUGUGAAAACUGAUUUUCUUCCACAAAUAUAAACAGAGAAUGUUGGUUUUUUUUGUUUUUUUUUUAAUUAGCUGUGAUGUUUUAUUCGUGUACAGAUUUAGUUUUGGGUUUUUUUUCCACUUUUGCCAAACGUCCUGAAUGUAUAUUGACUGUAGUGACUGCAUUACACAAUGACAUUACAAUAUAAAUGUUUUAUUUGUA